GCGUGUAUUCAGCAGGGUAACAGUUAUAUAAUAAUUCCUGCAUGUGUCCUACUUUGGCCGAGGUUCAGUUUCAGUUUGAGGAAUGCUUCUCCUGACUUGUUGCCAUCAUAGCAGCCUUUGGAUGAGUGCCCGUGGCGACGCAGAGCAGCAGCUCCGCACAUUACCGUGAACACAGAUCCGCUGGUUUCCUGACAGGGCGGAGAGCUUCAGCCAGCGGCCGGGGAAAGACCUCCUGCGGUCGGACAAGUCGAGCGGAAACUCCCUGAAGUGAUUUCGGAGCUUCUCUCAUGUGACAUGGAGUUUACCAGCUGCCAUUGAAGCCCUGCUCUGGGAUAAGCAUCACAACAGAAGGAAUCUCUGCCAGGAUACAUCUGAUUGUGCAGCUACACACAUUUGCCAACCACUUCCCCCUUUUUCCUGUGGAAAUUGUAGAGGACUCUCUGAAAUGUCAGAAUGGAUCACUUUCAAAAACCUGAAACCUGUAAAAUCUGGACCAGCAGCGAUUUAAUCAUCAUGGUUUGACUUGUACUUUUGGAACUGUCUGAUCCUGAUUCAAAGGCUGUCAGUCAUGUUGGAGCCCGGAUCUGUGGAUGAGGGAGUAUUAUGUGGUUCACCAUCAGUCUGCGAGUUUGUUUACCUGCCAUUUUUGUGCAGAGAAACAUAUGAGUUGAACGUAUUUUAUGUGGCAACUGGCUUCUUCUCUGGACUUCUUGCUCUGCCUGCUGGCUGUGGCGGGGAAUGGACAGUACCAUUACGCUGUCCACAUUCCUAAUACCCUGGGAAAUGUCUACUUACUGAAUGGACUUUUGUGUUAAAUUUGAGGCAAAAUGGAGGAACUCAGGACAUCUGCUCACUGGAGCCUGUACAAAGACCAAAGGAAUUUCCUCUGCUGAAAGUCUGACCCCAAUGGGAUAAGAACUAGCAACUCUGAACUGAACAAGACAGUUAGACUGAACAGGUAAUUACUGAGAAAAAAAAUUGGAAUACCUUUCUCCCAGAAUGCAUUGCCCUAUGAGGAAGAAACGCCCCACACGUGACUCUGAUUUCUCGGCUAUCGCAGUCCCCUCUAUGCACGGGUCUGGAUAUCUUGACUACACAGUUGAGACGCAUGCUUCCAAAUCCCUCGAGGUCAUGGAGGAGUUCAGGCGGCAGGAGAUGUUGUGCGAUCUCGUGCUGCACAUCACAUACAAGGAGAGGACAGUGGACUUCAAGGUGCACAAGGUGGUGCUGGCCUCCUGUAGCCCCUACUUCAGAGCCAUGUUCACCAGCAGCUUCAAAGAGUGUCGCGCCUCGGAGGUCACCCUGCGCGACGUCUGCCCCGAGGUGGUGGGAAGACUUAUUGACUUUGCCUACACCUCCCGCAUCACAGUGGGAGAGAAGUGUGUGCUGCACGUUCUUUUGGCUGCCAUGAGGUAUCAGAUGGAGGAUGUGGCCAAAGCGUGCUGCGACUUCCUCACUAAGCACCUGGAGCCUGCCAAUGUCAUCGGCAUCGCCCGCUUUGCUGAGGAGAUCGGCUGCACGGAGCUGCACCAGCGGAGUCGAGAGUACAUCAACACACACUUCAGUGAGGUGACUAAAGAAGAUGAGUUCUUCAGCCUGUCUCACUGCCAGCUGUUGGAGCUCAUCAGUCAGGACAGUCUCAAGGUGCUCUGUGAGUCUGAGGUGUAUAAGGCCUGCACUGACUGGGUGCGCUGGGAUAUGGAGGGCAGAGCCCAGUACCUGCAAGCCCUCCUGAAUGCGGUUCAUAUCUACGCCCUGCCUCCUAAGUUCCUAAAGAACCAGCUCCUGUCCUGCCCCAUCCUCAGCAAGGCCAACUCCUGUAAGGACUUCCUGUCUAAAAUCUUCCAGGAUAUGACAAUAAGGAAGCUGCCUCCUGCACCUAACCGUGGAACUCAACUCAUCUAUGUGGCUGGCGGAUACCGGCAGCAUUCACUGGCAACCAUGGAGGCUUAUGAUCCCAGAAGGAAUGUGUGGCUAAAACUGACUGACAUGGGGUCUGCGUGCAGUGGCCUGGGAGCCUGUACGCUGUUUGGACUGCUCUACACUGUCGGAGGCAGGAACCUGUCGCUCCAAAACAACACCGAGUCCAACGCCCUGUGCUGCUACAACCCGAUGACCAACCAGUGGAGCCAGCGAGCCUCCCUCAACAUCCCCAGGAACAGGGUCGGCGUGGGCGUAGUGGACGGCUGCAUCUACGCCAUCGGGGGCUCCCAGGGCUCCACGCAUCACAACACGGUGGAGAGGUGGGAUCCCGAGUCUAAUCGCUGGUCCUUUGUUUGCCCGAUGUCGGUGGCUCGUCUGGGUGCCGGAGUGGCGGCGUGUGGGGGGGUUCUGUAUGUGGUCGGGGGAUACGAUGGGCAGAGCCGCUGGAACACUGCUGAGAAAUACCAGCCGGACACGAACACCUGGAACCAGCUGGCACCUAUGAACACUAUACGCAGCGGACUGGGAUUGGUGUGUGUGAACUCUCACUUGUACGCCAUAGGAGGCUACGAUGGGCGGAACCAGCUGUGUUCGGUGGAGCGUUACAAUAUAGCCAGGAACCAAUGGGAGCCCAGGGCCUCCAUGCAGUACUGCCGCAGCGCACACGGAGUCACGGUCCACCAGGGGCGCAUCUUUGUCCUCGGAGGCUUUAACCAGCACGGCUUCCUGUCCAGUGUCGAGUUUUACUGUCCAGACAGAAACGAAUGGACGUGCGUCACCGACAUGCCCGUUGGACGCAGCGGCAUGGGCGUCGCUGUUACCAUGGAGCCCUGUCCCGGCAGCCUGCCUGAACAAGAGGAGGAUGAGGAAGGAGCCACAUGAGGAGGAGGAGGAUAAAAUCGGUGUGGUUAUGGUUCUACGUGGUGCUGCUUUUCAAGAGAGGGGUGAAGUGCAUUCAAUAAAGUAAACAUUCCAAUUUACGUCCCCGCUCUCGUGGAUCUGGUUGGUGUCGCCCCGCGGAGAACUGCAGGUAAAGUUUGUGUGGAAACACUGAAGGAGAAGAUUUCUACAUCAGCUCCGGGGACACGUGAUACAGAAAACAACAAGGUGCUACAGAAGUAAUCCCAAAUAAUGGUACUAUUUAAUUACUGUUGUUCCUCAGAAGUUUAUAAUCUCUAAGUGUUAUUUUUGUAAAUUUAAUGAAUGAAUGGCCUUCAGCAUCCUGAUUUCUAAUUCCUCUGUGUUGUAUCUCUACCUCUAUCUGUGUCUCUGUCCAAAUGAGCACUUUUCUGUUUGUGCCAAUAUAGUUUCACCCAGAACUGCCAAUUUUUUAUUUUAUUUUAUUGAUUUUUGUGUGUGUGUGUGUGUGUGUGUGUGUGUGUGUACUCACCAUAACUUGUGUUUCAGGAAAUAAAGUUAAUCAAGUGUA